UAACAGAAAUGGAUUUAAGUAAUAAGGGAUUAAUUGGCGACUUAAAUUUAAGCGCCUUUCCUAAUUUAGAGAGGUUGGAUGUUAGUAAUAAUAGGAUAGCUAGGUUAGGCAUUAGAAAUAAUCCAAAACUAAAAGAAUUAGUUGCUAGUAAUAAUAAGUUAAAAAAAAUUGGUUUAUCUAAUAAUGGUAAUUUAGAAACCUUGGUUCUAACCUCCAACCAAUUAACUGAAUUAAAAGUAAGCCACCUUACUAAAUUAAAAACUUUAAAUUGUGCGAUUAAUGGAUUAGAAGAAUUAGAUUUAAGUAAUUGUCAUAGUUUAGAAGGAUUGUAUUGUUAUAGUAACAAAUUAAAAGGCUUUCUAACAUUAAGUCAUUUAAGUAAUUUGCAAUAUGUAUAUUGUUAUCGGAAUCUUUUACAAGCAAUAGAUUGCACGGGAUUAGUUAAAUUAAAAGAAUUAUAUUGUGCUAGAAAUCCCUGUGAAUUGACAUUAGAAAACUGCACUAGUUUGGAGGAGAUAGAUUAUUCUGAAAUUGCUGUUAAUGUUAUUUUAGACCUCUCUGGAUUAGUUAACUUAAAAAGGAUUUCAGUUAAUCAUUCCAUGGACGCUACUUUUUUUGGUCUAAGUGAUUGUAAAAAUUUAGAGUUUUUUAGUGCCUGUAAUACAUUUAUUGUUCCUCAUGUCCAUCAUUUUAAAAAACUAGAUUUUUCUAGUUCUAGUCUACCUAAACUAAAAUAUCUCGAACUUUGUUUCAAUGAUGAUCACAUAUUGACUGAAAGAGAAAAAGAAGCGAUUGCCAAAUUAGUCAAAAGUAACCCUAAUUUAAAAGACUUUUAUCUUCGAGAUAAAAAUAUAAGUUUCGGGUCCUCUUUUGGUCGCGAAGACGACAGUUUCUUCCCCAGUUUACUACAAUACUUUAAAAACCAUAAAAUCAAAAAAAUAAGUUUAAAAGAAGAUGGAAGUUUGGUGAUUACCAAAACAAAAUCCGGUUUACAAGAUGACGAACCAAGCGAAAUCAUUAAAAAUGACGAGGAGAUAAAGAAAGAUACACAAUU